AGAGAGAAAUUGAGAUGAAAAAAGAAUAGCCGGAAGCAGCCCGGGAAACAGUAAAUAAAGUUUUUUCAAAAUUUUGUUCUUCAAUUUUCUCUAAGUUUUCUUGUCUAGUUCUCUAAGGUUUCUAUGUCUGUGACACUAUGCUUUUAGAGUAGUAUUGUAAUGAAAUUCAAAAUAAUUAGUGACAUAUUAAAAGUGACUUGUUUCGAGAAAGAAAGAUUUUUGUUUCAUGAAAGAGAACUCAUUUCUGAUUUUGUAUUCAUGUGCUGUAUAGUAUACAAAACUGUAAGUUUCAUUCUGAAGGAAGCUCCAUAUCUGCGUAGAUCAUACUUCAAAAAUAUUUCAUCUAAAAUCAACAAAGUUGAAGGUGAAAAUUGUUUGAAAUUCAAUGAACACAUUGAGAAUAUCGCACAUUCUUCUUGUUCAAGGAUGAAUGAUGAUAAAGUGUCUUUGGAUAAUAUAGUUGCUUCUGGAAAGAAAACUAAGAAGCUGCCUAAUUAUUUUAUUGCUGUUCAAGUAACUGAUCAACAGGUUCAUUAUUCCGUCAAACUUAUUCAAGAUCAUAUGCUUUUACAGAAUGAACAGCUUACGAAAUGUAUGAUUGCUCGGAGUACUAUGCAUAUUACUCUAAUGGUCUUGCAUAUAAAAGAUACUGAUGAUUAUUCUAAAGCCAUUAAAGCACUAAGUGCAGUUUAUCAAGAAUACAAUAGUAUUAUUAGUAAUGAGCCUGUGAGGUUGGAAUUCUGUGGUCUUGGCCAUUUUCAAAAUAGAGUUUUGUAUGUAAAACUGGAAAAAAAUAACUCAUAUCAGCUACUAUGUGAUCUGGCAAAGAAGGUUUGCAUUCAUUUAGAGAAAGUUGGACUUUUUUCCACUGAUAAGAGAAAAGAAUUUACACCUCACUUGACUAUUGCCAAACUUGAUUUGAAAAAGAAAUCUUCAAGGAAAAUCAAAAAAAUUAAUCCAUUAUGGUAUGAAGACUUUGCUGAUUUAUACUUAGGUUGUGAUACGAUUAAAAGUCUUCAGUUACUGAAAAUGCAAGGCCGAAAAACAACUUUAGGUUAUUAUUCUGGAGAUGAAUUGUUCUUCUGAACUCUGUAAAAUUCUGCAACAAUGUCGCCGUGACGCUGUGAUUCUGCCACGGAGGUUUGAAAUACUGAGCAAUUUGUAUAAAUCUUAAUUCCCCAAGAAUUUCCAAUUGAUGUUGUUUAUUCAUUUUGUAAUUCAUUUGAAUGUUUGCCAAAUGUUUGGUUUGAGUUACCUCAGCCUUUGAGUGAUUCAUCAAUCUGUAUGAUCGCUGAAGAAUUCAUAAAAGCAAAAUAGAAGUUUCAGAAUUUGUUUGAACUUAUCGAGAACUAUGAAUAAAAAGACUAAUUUAAUGCAGAUAAGACACAUAUUUUUUAAGUGCCAGUGAGAUUAAACAUUGGAACAGCAAAAAUAGUGGAGGUAAAAACUGUAACAGUUUACCAUUCUACUUGAUACUAACGAUGAAACUUACACCAGAAACUUUUAUUAUAGACUAGUUGAAUAGUGCAAAUGCUGAUGAUUGUGCAUCAAAUAAUUAGGAUUCUACAGUAUAUAUUUGCAAUGGAAAAUAUAUUUACAUAUAUGAUAAUUCAUUUUCAGAGACAAGUUUUUGAGUACUUUUAUUUGUUGUUAUUGAAGCAUGGGCAGCCUAUGUAAACAAUUUUAAUUACUGUUUUUAAUAUCAACAAAAAUAAUCUGAAAUAAUUUUUAACAGUUGAUUUCUUCAUGUUUAUAAUUUCAUGAAUUUUUUUUAACCUAUUUUUAAGUACAAGAAAAAAGGAAACAAUUCAAAUACAGUUAUUUCUUUAGACAUACCUAAUUCAGGUACCUUUAAAUGAGACUUGAUGGAGCUUCUUUCUCAAAGCUAGAUCUUUUCCAAAGAUCUUCCUCAGAAGUACAUCAAUAGAUUAUGAAAAAGAAAAUUCAUUCAGUUAAUACGAUUAAAAACAUAGAAAUUAUUCAAACCUGCUUUGUUUAUACAGGCACAUUUAUUAUUCAGAACUGGAGAGGUAAGGAGUAAUGGUUUGACAGAAUGUUAGCUAAAAAAAAUGGUGAAAUGCAGAAUAUAUUUUUAUAGCAAUAUUUUUUUUUAAAAAAAAUUCAUUAAUAAAUAUUUUUUAUGAAUACAUAAGUUUAUUUAUAAUUGGAAAUUACUCCAUGCAUAUCUAUAUUAGUGGAAUGGGCUAAGGAGAAAACAAAAAAUUAAACAAGAAAUACUUGUAAAAAAAACUAAAGUUAUAAAGUAAAACAGAAAGAGAAAAAAAAAUUAUUAUAAUUGUUACAACAAAACUUCUAUGCUAAGAAUAAUAUUUUCUGCAAAGCAGUAUCCAUAAAGCAGCAUUAACUAAAAUAUAAUCUAUUAGAAAUAUAUUAUUAAAAUGCUGUGUUAUCUUAAAAACACUAAAAAAAACAAAA